UGGUCAUGCGUCCGUGCUUGCUUGCAUGGCGGAUCGCCCGCAUAUGGCUAGCGGAGCGCAUGCCGGUGCUCGAGUGGCUGCCUUCGUAUCGCCCUCGUGUGCACUUGGCCCACGACGUGACGACUGCGGUCGUUUUGGCGUGCUUGAUCCUGCCCGAAGACAUGGUCCUGUCGAGUACGCUCCAUGUCCCCGUCCAAACGAGCGUCGUCAUGAGCAUUGCGGUGCCGCUGCUCUAUGCGCUCUUUGGUUCGUCGCGCUUUCUCUGCUUUGGUACGGAAGAGAUGUCGUCGUUCGCUCCGUGGAUCCGUGCGACGUACGACUCGGAGAUCCACCGACAAGCCGUGGGCCUCGUCCUCACGAGUCUCACGGGAGCACUCUUGGUCGGCAUGGGCGUCGCUAAGCUGCAUCGUUGGAUUUAUCUGUCUCGCGUCGCCGGCGGGGGGCUCCUCGCGGGCGCUGCCCUCAACAUUGCGACGCGCGAGAUGAAUGUCCUACUUCAACCAGCAAUCACGCCACUCUUCGCACCGUCGUCGCUGAACCAAGUUGUCUAUAUGGCGCUCGCAGUGAUCCUGCUCGCCGCGCUUCCGUUUCUGCGAACUGUCAUGCCGGGGUGUGACGCCUCUCGUCGGGCCGCCAGCGUAUGUCGCUCGCCGCCCAGGACGCAACCGCGUCGAAGCAGCCUCACCGUCAAAGUCACUGCGCCUAAAUCUCCAAUGACCAACACCCAGUACCUUCCCAACAAGCUCUUCCUUGGCCUUUGUCUCUGUGGCAUUGCCGUUCAUGUCACCUUUGCCGACGACUCGGAGCUCCACGGUCUUGAGAGAGCACUCACUGCGCGCAUGGACGACCCCAUGGACGUGCGCCACGCGUUUGCAUACGUCAUCGAGCUCGCCGGGUCAAGCGUCAUGGCAGCGUUUCAACUUAGCGCCAACGUUGUCCUCAGCGCCCUCUCCAUCUACCUCUCUGCAGCUGCCUUGAUCCAGCACGCUGGCUGCGCAACAACCAAGCAAACGAGCGACGCGGCGUUUGGGGAGCUGCGCAUGCACAAGGAGCUCGUCGCGUACGGCCUCGUGUGUCUUGGCAGCUUGGCGUUUGCACCGCUGUUUCCACCGGUCGCGUGCUUUGCCCGCUCGGCGCUCGUGCUAAAGAGUGCGCGGACCCAGGUGGCGUCGAUGCUGGCGGCCGCGCUCGUGGGUCUCUGCGCCUACUGCAACCUGUACGCGUACGUCCUCGUUCCGGCGCCAGUCCGCGCCGCCGUCUUUCUCGCCGCGCUGCCUGCGAUCUGUGAUAUGACAGAGCUUCGAAUGCUGCUGCGACUUGACCUCUAUGGUGAUGCCAUCGUGUGGGCCGCGGGGUGUGUUGCUUCCGCGCUCGGCGGUGUCUACUAUGGAAGCUUGACAGCCUACGUGUUGAGCAUCGCCCAACGACGUUGGCAGCCGGCGGUCGUGUCCGUCGAGGCCAUCGUUGCCGCGCAGCCGUAUGCGGCGACAGAGAACACGCAGCUCUUCAAGGUCUCCCUCCACGCCAAGGCCCUCUGCUUUUCGAAUUGGGAGCGCGUUGAGCAUGCUCUUGAUCACGUUACGGACGCUCCAGGCGAGAAUGCCGGUGGCGUCGUUCUCGACGUCAGCCAGCUCGUAGACAUACACUGGGACGACGAAUGCAUUCGACGCAUCGAUGCAUGGGAGCGCCGCUUGCACAUGCUCGGGUGCUACGUCGCCGUUGCGGGCUCUACAAAAGCCUUUGAGAACGCGCUCGAGCGCGCUGGUAUCUUGCAACGACUGGCUGGAGGUCGCUCGUGCCAUGGCUGCGCCGAUGCUGCCAGCGCCAUGGGCCUCCACUCGUAGAUGGCUUCCAUCCGCUUCCUUGGACCGAUCCCUAUCGUGGCCUGUCGUCCAAGGACCGCAUGCGCUCCCGUGACCGUUGAUUGGUGGAUCGUUUACUCAACAAUGGGUCGAAAUUAGGUUUUUGAGGCAAAAACUGGGAAUUCGAGACUUGACGAUAAAAACACCCAACUUGUAGCCGAUGUGCGUGGACCCUAGUGCGCCCUGGGAACCGAUGGAAUGAUGUCCUCGUACGACGACACGUACUGCCCAAGUAGCAUAUCAGUGGUAGCAAGCAUACCUUGUAAGCACCAGAACAAUGACUCACUUGAUAGCACA